AGCCGGGAAGAGAAGCGCCUCCGCCCGCCCGCCGGUCCCCGCGCCGCCGUCGAGCCCGCGCCCGGACGCUGGAGCCUCCCCGGGAGCAGCCGGCGGCCGCCCCGUCCACGCCGCGCAGGUGGGGACCAGGGACUCAAACCUGGACCCUUGUGAAAUGUAAUAUGUGCACUCAACCAGGCCCUGCAAAGCCAGCUCUGAGGCUGGGCUUCCUCAUCCGACUACUCAGCUCCAGUGGGACCAAGCCGGAGCCGACCAAGACCUUACUCACCUCCUUCCUGUUUCUUAAAACGUUUUCCUGGAUACUUUCUUUUUCUGUAAUCUUGGGGUAACCUCAGGGUUACCCCAUUUCUUUAUUUCUUUUUUUUUUUCUUCCUGGGGUUCUGACAUGCCCGUAGCUCCACCCACAUAACCUAGUCUUCUCAACUAACUGUUGGCCUGUUGGUCUGCAGUCUGUCCUAUCUCAACCCAUGCUCUACAGAGACAGACACCCCUCUCAUAGAUUUCCACCCCACCAUCACUUCAGCUCUGCCCCAUUUGUCUCCUAUAUCUGCCUCUCACCACAGCCCAGGGAUGUUUUCAUCUCCUCUCUGAACAGUCCCCUCAUCCAUUUUGUGUGAUACCUCAUGCUCUCUUAUGCAUACCCCUGGGUCUAUUUAAAAAAAAAAAAAAAGCAAAUAAACCUUGACACAGGUCUUAGUUAAUCCCACCACCUCCCAUCUCCUUGAACUAAUCUUUAUUCCUCCUCCCACUCAUCCUUCUCAAGCUCUACCCUUUCCUGGUGGGGCCUGAUCCACAAGUUCAAGGUCGCUCUCCCCUCUUCUCCUUAGGAGACCUCUCACCAUGUCCCCCUGAGUCUCCCAGGACGGGGCUCUCCGGGCCCAAUGGCCUCCCGCCCCCGCGGGCCCCAUAGCCCCCGUGGGCCGGGGCCAGAGCCUAGGAAGCCCCAGGGCGGAGGAUGGGCAACCGUACGUGGGAGGGUUGCCACGUGGACUCGCGGGUGGACCACCUGUUCCCGCCCUCCCUCUACAUCUUCGUCAUCGGCCUGGGGCUGCCCACCAACUGCCUGGCCCUGUGGGCUGCCUACCGCCAGGUGCGCCAGCGCAACGAGCUGGGCGUGUACCUGAUGAACCUGAGCAUCGCCGACCUGUUGUACAUCUGCACCCUGCCGCUCUGGGUCGACUACUUCCUGCACCAUGACAACUGGAUCCACGGGCCCGGCUCCUGCAAGCUCUUCGGCUUCGUCUUUUACACCAACAUCUACAUCAGCAUCGCCUUCCUGUGCUGCAUCUCGGUGGACCGCUACCUGGCCGUGGCCCAUCCCCUGCGCUUCGCCCGCCUGCGCCGGGUCAAGACAGCCGUGGCCGUGAGCUCCGUGGUCUGGGCCACCGAGCUGGGGGCCAACUCGGCCCCCCUGUUCCACGACGAGCUCUUCCGGGACCGUUACAACCACACCUUCUGCUUCGAGAAGUUCCCCAUGGAGACCUGGGUGGCCUGGAUGAACCUCUACCGGGUCUUCGUGGGCUUCCUCUUCCCCUGGGCCCUGAUGCUGCUGUCCUACCGGGGCAUCCUGCGGGCGGUGCGGGGCAGCGUGUCCACCGAGCGCCAGGAGAAGGCCAAGAUCAAGCGGCUGGCCCUCAGCCUCAUUGCCAUCGUGCUGGUCUGCUUCGCCCCCUACCACGUGCUGCUGCUGUCCCGCAGCGCCGUGCACCUGGGCCGCCCCGGGGACUGCGGCUUCGAGGAGCGGGUCUUCUCCGCCUACCACAGCUCGCUGGCCUUCACCAGCCUCAACUGCGUGGCCGACCCCAUCCUCUACUGCCUGGUCAACGAGGGGGCCCGCGGCGACGUGGCCAAGGCCCUAAACCACCUCCUGCGCUUCCUGGCCAGCGACAAGCCGCAGGAGAUGGCCAACGCCUCCCUCACCUUGGACACUCCGCUCACCUCCAAGAGGAACAGCCUGGCGGCCAGGGCCCUGGCGGCCCAGGGGGACCAGGUGCCGCUCAGGAUGCUGCCCCCUGCUCAGUGAGCCUCGAGCCCUUCCCGCCCUUCCUCUUGGGCCGCUGCAUGCAAAUCGUAUGUAAAUGAGUAUGUAUCAGCCACUGAGAACAUGAAUAUUCAUGAAGGAAACAUGAACCCACCCAGUCUCGUGGUCUGGUUGGGAAAGAUUACAAGCAAAUCAGUUACAUCUUAUUUGCAUAUUCAUGAGCCAAAAAGGAACUCUGUAUGUGAGGUUGGUGGGACCCUGGUCCACUGGCAUCCCCUAUCAUGACACGCCUCUCCACCCCACCCCCACCCCAGUUCAGUUGAUCUUGCCUGGCUCUGUUAGGUGAUGUUGGUGACACAGCAGUGAUAAACUACAGCCCUGGUUGGUCCUGCCCUCAUGGGCUCCCACCCCAAGUGGGAGAAAUAUCUGUAUCCUGGGAUGACCCAGAGUGGGCAGGGCUUAAUCUGGAGAACCCAGGGUCUAGGAGAACCAAAGAUGGGGCCUCUGGCCUGGCCUGGAGACCAGGUAGGGCUUCCUGAAGGAGUCAGAUAUUUGGUUUCCAGAAGAUAGAGAAAGGAGUUUCUAAAAACUUCUUUUGGGAGUCAGGCGGUAGCUCAGCGGGUUAAGCCUAUGUGGCACGAAGCACAAGGACCGGUGUAAGGAUCCCGGUUCGAGCCCCAGGCUCCCCACCUGCAGGGGAGUCGCUUCACAGGCGGUGAAGCAGGUCUGCAGGUGUCUAUCUUUCUCUCCCCCUCUCUGUCUUCCCCUCCUCUCUCCAUUUCUCUUUGUCUUAUCCAACUACGACGACAUCAAUAACAACAAUAGUAACUACAACAACAAUAAAACAAGGGCAAUAAAAGGGAAAAUAAAUAAAUAUUUUAAAAAGUUUUUAAAAAACCUUCUUUCCAGCAAUGGAGUAAAAACAUCUGUGACUGGAGGGGAGGUGGGAGGAGAAAUUCUCUAAAUGUAGGGUACUUGUGUUUUGCCAAGAGAGCAGAAAAGAACAGCACUUUUUUUUUUCUCACGGUUUUUAUUGACCAAGGCAUGUAUUAUUACAUCAAAAGAGGAACAUUAAAGUAUUUUUUGCAAAGGUACAUAAAUCAGGGUAGUUAAUGCUUGACCACUAGGGUAUUACUGUAUGUGUCACAUAUCACAUAGACUCGGGCACCGUACAAGAUGCUAUUGUCUAAAUUCAUUACCACUUUGUACAUUCCAUACUCUUUGAGAGACUGGCUUCUCAUCAGAGUAUAUACACUUUCAGCCUGUUGUCCAUAAGGGCCUACUCACCCAUCGUUAACUCUCAGCAUUCACCAGAUGCUCAUUCAUCAGAGAACAGGAACUAUAACAAAGGGAACUGAGCUACCGCAUUCUAAUACAUAGCUCUUAAUAGUUAAGGAAAUGAAACAGCAAAAAUUUUUCUGAGCUUCAAGAUAAAUUUAGAUAGCAUUUACCAGGAGAUGUAGAGAGGAGAUAAUAAGAACCCUAGUGAAGGGUUUGAGCAGACUGGCUGGGGAAGCGGCUUCAGGAUCAGAGGAAGGGGUUUAUUCAUCCACUGAGUAGGGGUCUAUCUAUACAUGCUCUCUGGCCCCAUGCCAACUGAGGCUGACAAGACAAGACAAGGGUUUUGACCAAGACCUCCCGGGCCCCACCCUCAUGGAACUCUGCAUCAGCAAUGAAUAAAAACAAACAGAAUGUCUAAGAUGGUAAAUAUAACGGGGAAACAAACAAAAAGAACAGAAAAAAAAAGUGAUUGGGGGGAGUCUGGCGGUAGCACAGCGGGUUAAGCGCACGUGGCGCAAAGUACAGGGACCAGUCAGGAUUCCGGUUCAAGCCCCCGGCUCCCCAUCUGCAGGGGCGUCGCUUCACAAGCGGUGAAGCAGGUCUACAGAUGUCUCUCUGUCUCUCUUCCUCUCUCCCUCUUCUCUCUCUCAAUUUCUCUCUGUCUCUAUCCAAUAACAAAUAAAGCUUAAAAAAUUUUUUUAAAAAAGUGAUUGGGGAAAACUACUUACUAGCAGAGCACCUGGCUUUAAUGCCUGAGGUUUCUAGUUUGACCCCCAGCACUGCAUGUACUGGAGUGGUGUUGUCUGGUCUCUCUCCUUUUUGUCUUAUGUGAAUCUCUCUCCUCAUAUUUAAUAAAUAAAAUGUUGAAUAGUGAAAGGACAGAUUGAUAUGAGGUCUAAUCUAGAUAAAAAGGUUAGGGGUGGUCCCUUGAGGCUGGGUAGCGGCACACCUGGUAGAGCACACGUCACAAUGCAUAAGGGCCCAGGUUCAAGCACCAGGUCCCCACCUGCAGGGGAAGCUUCACGAGAGGUGCUGCAGGUGUCUUUCUUCCUCUCUCCCACUCUAUCUUCUCUAUCAAUUCUUUCUAUCUAAUAAAUAAAGUAGAAGAGGAAGAAAGAAAAGGGGAAAAGAAAGAAAGAGGCACCAAGGCAAAGAGUUGAAGGUGAAGGGGUCAGCCCUGUGACUGUCAGGGGAAACUACAUUGCAGACAGAAAGAACAGCAGAACCCCCCCCACCACCACCAUUGUUUUAGAGACAGGAGUGACCAGAGCACCACUCCACCACCCACAGAGUUCCCUUGCUGCUAUUUAUGAUGCUACCAUGUUUGUCAGGGUCCAAACCCAAGGCCUUGUGUAUGUAAGACACUACCAGGUGAACUCUGUCUUGAUCCUCUAUUCUUGACCAGAGCACUGCUCAGCUGUGGCAUAUGGGGGUGCUGGGGACUGAAUCUGGAACCUUGGAGCCCCAGGUAUGAAAGUUUCUUUGCAGAAUCACUGUGAUAUCUCCCCUGUCCAUGAUCUUUGAUUUAAAUGUUAAUAGAGCCAGAGGGUAGCGCAGCGGAUUAAGCGCACAUGGCACAAAGCACAAGGACUGAUUAGGAUCCCGGUUCAAGCCCCCGGGUCCCCACCUGCAGAGGAGUUGCUUCACAGGCGGUGAAGCAGGUCUGCAGGUGUCUGUCUCUCUUCCUCUUUAUCUCCCCCUUCUCUCUCAAUUUCUUUUUUUUCUCUCUCAAUUUCUCUCUGUCUCUAUCCAAUAACAAAUAAAUAAGUAAAUAAUUUUUUAAAAUCCGAAGAAAAAAAAAAAGAGCCAGAGGGGAAGAAUAUGAAGUGGGGAACAGACUGUGGUAAGGGCAGGAGGCAGGAGCCCUGUAGAGGUUAUCUGCUGAGAUCCAAAAGCAGGUGGGUGGCAGCAUGCUGGACCAAGCAGGGACAACAGUCAUCUCUAGAAUUCACAUGGAAGAGACACUGAGCUGAAGGAUCAGAAAGGCCUGAGGGACUGUGUGAGCGGAGCCCCUUGCCCAUCCUGGGAAAUGUGACCAGGAGGCUGCAGCUAUAAGGACGCCUGGGAACAAGCCCAGGGCGGUCACCGGCAAGGCCAAGUGACUAGGCCAGGGUCACACAGCCGGUGAGUCAGUGCCGGGCCAUCCCAGGGUCCCUCUCUCCUCCCUGUCUCUGUUGCUGUUCCCACGCCUCCAGAGUGGCCACGGCAGCCUGCCCAGGCUAAUGAUGUCCCCUCCCCUCCCCCCGGCUCUCAGGGGUCACCAGGCUGGAGAGCAGAAGGAAGCACCCAGUUCUGGACAGGCCCCGCCCUUUCUGGUAGGUCACCUCCCUUUCUUCCUCCCUGUGUGUGUGUGUGUGUGUGUGUGUGUGUGUGUGUGUCUCCAAGUUCCUGAGAUGUAAGGAUCUCCAUACACUCCAUGAGCAACA